CGCGAUCACUCGGCAAGAAAGUGAUGCGAAUCGUGAGUAUCCCGUCGGGAUCGGAAGUCGUGGACGAACUUCGGCGCGAGCUCCGUUUGCGUUUUCCGCGCGGAAAACAAUCGAUGAUCUGCGAAAAUGGCUUGCUGCAAGGUGUAUCUGGUAGCGUUAUCGGCUCUAAUUGCUUGUCACGCGGUUAACGCAAAUUACGAGCACGAGCGUUUGAAGGCCGAGGUGCAAUAUGAGAACUCGCGAGCUCCUUGGAACCACCACAAUUAUGACUUUUACGAGGCCGCCUCUUCCGAUAUACGUCCACGUUAUUACGAUUUCCACGAGUCGGCCGAGGAUCAUCACGACGCGAGCUCGUCUGAGCCUUUUCCGAUCAGCAUCGUCAAGAAGGAGCCGAUCGAAGACAAGAGCUUCAAGAAAGCGACAUCUCCGUUCUACGCUCCGCUUGCCGCCAAGGAUCCCCUGAAGCACAAGGAGUUCGCUCCAAACUUGAGGAAUGCGUAUUGCCAGGAGAUCAAGGUGAAGACGAUCGAGCCGGAGAGCAAGCGGCCGAAAGGUACCACGACCUGUUACAGAUGCAAGGAUCCCAAAACCAAGUCCACGUCCGAGCGCUGCAUGUACAAGAGCGAGCCUGAGGAGACUGCGUCCUCGAACAUGAAGAUGGCGCGCAUCCUACCUGCGCCGAUUAACUUCAGACAUCGAAGGUCCAGCUCGGACAAGAACUGGAGGCCACGGAAUCCUUACCGGUUCGCCGACGAGUACUUCACCGACACCACGCACAACGUGCCCACCACGUAUCAGAACAAGGGAGAGAAAUGCGAGAAGGUCAUGAAGGAUUCCAUGGUGUGCAUGGUGUGCAAGGACGCCAAGACCAACGGUAAGUACGAGCAAUGUUCGUACGUGAAGCAACCGCGCGAGAAGGCGUAUUCCUACACAAAGUCCAGCACCUUCGGCGAACCCAAGGAGCAGAAGAGCGAAAAGGAAGAGACUCGGCGGGAGACUGAAGAAAGUCCUUACUCCGAGUCUUCGAGCGACCGAGUCUCCGAUAGACAAGGAGAAGGCAGUGCUCCUGAGGAAGGACCUCGCGAGUACUCCUACUCCAGCGAUUAUCGUCCUACGACCCCCACGGUGAAGAGCGAGCAGGACGAAGUGCAGGACUCGCCUACGACGGGCUGUAAGCAGGUGCAGAAGGACUCGAAGACCUGCACGGUGUGCAAGGAUCCAAAGAACGGCGGCACCUACGAGAAGUGCACCUACAGCUAUCAGCCGAGCGACAAGCUGUAUAAGUACAGCCGAUCCAAGAGCUUCGGUUAUCCGGAGAAGACCUCGGGCACCUCUGGGGAUGCGGACAAGGCAACCGGCGCGUCGCACGAGUCCAAGGACAAGGUCUACCCGCACGGCGAGGGCGUUUAUUUCGACGGAUCAGCAUCCUCCGCUUACCCACGGGGUGGGUCUGAGCGAGCAGCCGAGGAUGAUUCCGACGGUUCAUCGCGCGGCUCGCCUUAUUACGGAGGUGAAUAUUCCAGCCCCGAUGAAUCGAGCGAGGCCACGUCGGACGACGAAGAGCAUGGAUCUUACGGGACGACAUCAGCAUCCGACCGCGAUAAAUCCGCUUCGGAACGUCACUCUGAGAAUAUCGGCGCUGAGCACUGCAGGAAGGUGGAAAAGGACUCCAUGACGUGCACGAUCUGCAAGGACCCGAAGACCGGCAACGACUUCGAGCAGUGCUCGUACUCGUACAAGCCCACCGACAAACUCUUCUCUUACAGCAAGUCCAGCUCCUUCGGCAACCCGCGAAAGAGCGACGGCUCCGAGUACAGCGAGGCGUCCGACGAAGAGCAGCAGCGUCCUGACGGUACGGAGGUCGUGCAAGGAGCCGACGAGUCGUACUCGGCCGGGCCAAGCUACGAAGCGUCGACGAAGGACGAGGCGAGGACCAAGGACGACGAGGCGAAAGGAGGCGAGGACGUGGACACGGGCUACCUGCACACCGCGCAGAAGAAGGCGGAGAUCGAAGGCUUCCUGCAGAACUUCCGGAAGGAGGACCGCUCCAAGUGCAAGAAGGUCAUGCGCGACAAGAUGACCUGCUAUCAGUGCGUCGACGACAAGGGCUUCCAGAAGGAGGAGUGCGUCUUCGUGACCGGCGAGGAGCCUGACAAACUGGCGUUCCACGAGAUCAAGGAGUUCCAGGUAGACUCGGCGAGCUCGGCGAAGCCGAGAACGACGAGUCCCCCGGCGCCGGAGCUCGUCGCGGCCGCCAGCAAGAACACUUACGUGAGGCUGGAGAAGCCGGACAACGACUACCCUGACGAAGCGUCGCACACGGCGGAGGAGACGAAGGAGGCCGAGCCGUACGACUACACGUCGGAGACGCGCUCCAGUUUAUAGGGCGCGCUGGAGCACGCGUGAUGUCUAGAAUGUCGCGGUAUUUUUCGAGCAGAUCCCUCUUGCGAUGAGGCGAGGCAGGCCCGCCGUAGAUCGUAGAUCGGCGAGCAGAUGUUGCGCAGAUGGACACCGUGAUUGCUGACAAUCAGAGCCGAGUAUCAGAUCACGCUCGAUCGAAGAUCCAGGAUGACAAAUCGAAUUUUAGGACUCGGUCGGUGCAUCAUUCCAAUGUUGACUCGCGUCGUCGCCCCGACUGGUCCAAGUUCCGCUCUUCAAUUCGCAAUCUUCUCAGUCCUCAGGACGUGAUCUGAUACGAGCCUUGGCAGGCCACUUGGCCGCGAUGUAUCUUCCUAUCCCGUCUCUCCCCCAUUUCUGACAUCUCGAAAUAAAGAAUAACGUCAUGUGG